GUUUCCUGAAGUUGCCGGUUUAUUCCGGAGCGCGGCCCGCGACCCGGCCGGUUCGCGGAGGCCGCCCCGCCUCGGAGAAGUCGGAGUUGGGGUGCUCCGGGAGGGAGGAGCCCCGAAUCCGAGAGCGGGCUUUUCCUCUUUCUCUUCGCUCGCCCCUCGCCUUCCGGGCGCGCCGCCGGGAUCGGACUUGGACCGCUGACGAGAAGGAAGGGUUGGGGUCGCUGGCGUCGCCCCUCCCGGGCAUAUACGGGCUCCGGCCCGAGCCGCGUGGACAGUCUCCCGGGACGAAGCCGCGGGGUUCCAGGACCACCCCCCCGGAUUAUAAAACAGUGCGAAGCACCACCCCCCCAAAGCUGGUCACCAUGUGGGGGCUGCUGAUAUGGACGCUGCUGGCCCUACACCAGAUCCGUGCGACCGGAGCCCAAGAUGACGUGGCCCCCUAUUUCAAGACAGAGCCCGUGCGGACGCAGGUGCACCUGGAGGGGAACCGCCUGGUGCUCACGUGCAUGGCUGAGGGCAGCUGGCCGCUGGAGUUCAAGUGGCUCCACAACAACCGAGAGCUGACCAAGUUCUCCCUGGAGUACAGGUACAUGAUCACCAGCCUGGACCGCACCCACGCGGGCUCCUACCGCUGCAUCGUGCGGAACCGGAUGGGCGCCCUGCUGCAGCGGCAAACUGAGGUCCAGGUGGCCUACAUGGGGAGCUUUGAGGAAGGCGAGAAGCACCAGAGUGUCUCCCACGGAGAAGCAGCUGUCAUCCGCGCCCCACGCAUCGCCAGCUUCCCACGGCCACAGGUGACCUGGUUCCGGGACGGCCGCAAGAUCCCGCCCAGCAGUCGCAUAGCCAUCACCCUGGAGAACACCCUCGUCAUCCUGUCGACGGUGGCUCCCGACGCAGGCCGCUACUACGUGCAGGCUGUUAAUGACAAGAACGGGGAUAACAAGACCAGCCAGCCUAUCACUCUCGCCGUGGAGAAUGUCGGGGGGCCUGCGGACCCGAUUGCCCCAACCAUCAUCAUUCCCCCCAAGAACACUAGCGUGGUGGCUGGGACCUCAGAGGUGACCCUGGAGUGUGUGGCCAACGCCAGGCCCCUGAUCAAGCUGCACAUCAUCUGGAAGAAAGACGGGGUUCCGCUGUCGAGCGGCAUCAGCGACUACAACCGCCGGCUGACCAUCCCCAGCCCCACGGGCAGCGACGCCGGCUACUACGAGUGCGAGGUGGUCCUGCGCAGCAGCAGCGUGCCUGCCGUCGUCCGCGGGGCCUACUUGUCUGUGCUGGAACCACCUCAGUUUGUCAAGGAGCCGGAGAGACACAUCACGGCAGAGAUGGAGAAGGUGGUGGACAUUCCCUGCCGGGCCAAAGGCAUACCACCGCCCUCCAUUACCUGGUACAAGGACGCGGCCGUGGUCGAGGUGGAGAGGCUGAGCCGCUUCCGGCAGCGCGGCGACGGGGGACUGCAGAUCAGCGGGCUGGUGCCCGACGACACGGGCAUGUUCCAGUGCUUUGCCCGCAACGCAGCCGGCGAGGUGCAGACCUCCACCUACCUUGCCGUCACCAGCAUCGCCCCCAACAUCACCAGGGGCCCCUUGGACAGCACAGUGAUCGAUGGCAUGUCGGUGGUGCUGGCUUGUGAGACUUCGGGGGCGCCCCGGCCAGCCAUCACUUGGCAGAAAGGGGAGCGUAUCCUGGCCAGCGGCUCGGUCCAGCUGCCACGCUUCACGCUGCUGGAGUCGGGCAGUCUGCUCGUCAGCCCCACGCACAUCUCCGAUGCCGGGACCUACACCUGCUUGGCCACCAACUCUCGGGGGGUCGACGAAGCCUCGGCUGACCUGGUUGUGUGGGCCCGGACCCGCAUCACCAAGCCUCCCCAGGACCAGAGUGUCAUCAAGGGAACCCAGGCCUCCAUGGUGUGUGGAGUGACCCACGACCCCCGAGUGACCAUCAGGUACGUCUGGGAGAAGGACGGGGCCGCCCUGGGCACGGAGAGCAGCCCCCGCAUCCGUCUCGACAAAAACGGCUCCCUGCACAUCUCGCAGACGUGGUCGGGGGACAUCGGCACGUACACCUGCCGGGUGCUGUCGGCGGGAGGCAAUGACUCUCGCAGCGCCCACCUGCGUGUCCGGCAGCUGCCUCACGCCCCCGAGCACCCCGUGGCGACCCUCAGCACCGCAGAGAGACGGGCCAUCAACCUGACGUGGGCCAAGCCCUUCGACGGCAACAGCCCUCUGCUCCGCUACAUCCUGGAGAUGUCGGAGAACAAUGCCCCCUGGACGGUGCUCCUGGCCAGUGUGGACCCCGAGGCUACCUCGGUGAUGGUCAAGGGCCUGGUGCCGGCACGCUCCUACCAGUUCCGCCUUUGUGCAGUCAACGACGUGGGGAAGGGACAGUUCAGCAAGGACACGGAGAGGGUCUCCCUCCCCGAGGAGCCCCCCACAGCCCCCCCGCAGAAUGUCAUCGCCAGCGGCCGGACCAAUCAGUCCAUCAUGAUCCAGUGGCAGCCGCCUCCCGAGAGCCACCAGAAUGGCCUUCUCAAGGGCUACGUCAUCAGGUACUGCCUGGCCGGGCUGCCCGUCGGGUACCAGUUUAAGAACAUCACAGACGCUGACGUCAACAAUCUGCUGCUGGAGGACCUCAUCAUCUGGACCAACUACGAGAUCGAGGUGGCCGCCUACAACAGUGCCGGUCUGGGUGUCUACAGCAGCAAAGUCGCCGAGUGGACACUGCAGGGAGUCCCCACCGUCCCUCCUGGCAACGUGCACGCGGAAGCCACCAACUCCACAACCAUCCGCUUCACCUGGAAUGCCCCCAGCCCCCAGUUCAUCAACGGCAUCAACCAGGGCUACAAGCUGAUUGCUUGGGAGCCGGAGCAGGAAGAGGAGGUUACCAUGGUGACUGCCCGGCCCAACUUCCAAGACAGCAUCCACGUGGGUUUCGUGUCUGGCCUGAAGAAGUUCACCGAGUACUUCACCUCCGUUCUCUGCUUCACCACUCCCGGCGACGGGCCUCGGAGCACCCCCCAGCUGGUGCGCACCCAUGAGGAUGUGCCGGGUCCUGUGGGACACCUGAGCUUCAGUGAAAUCCUGGACACGUCCCUGAAGGUCAGCUGGCAAGAGCCGGGAGAGAAGAAUGGCAUCCUCACAGGGUACCGGAUAUCCUGGGAGGAGUACAACCGAACCAACACCCGCGUGACCCACUACCUACCCAACGUGACCCUGGAGUACCGCGUCACGGGCCUCACCGCGCUCACCACCUACACCAUCGAGGUGGCCGCCAUGACCGCCAAGGGCCAGGGCCAGGUGUCUGCGUCAACCAUCUCCUCUGGGGUGCCUCCAGAACUCCCCGGGGCCCCCACCAACCUGGGCAUCUCCAACAUCGGCCCCCGCUCCGUGACCUUGCAGUUCAAGCCGGGCUACGACGGGAAAACCUCCAUCUCCCGCUGGCUGGUGGAGGCCCAGGUAGGCGUGGUCGGGGAGGGAGAGGAGUGGCUGCUGGUCCACCAGCUCCCCAACGAGCCGGACGCCCGCUCCAUGGAGGUGCCCGAGCUCAACCCCUUCACCUACUACAGCUUCCGAAUGCGCCAGGUGAACAUCGUGGGCACCAGCCCCCCCAGCCAGCCUUCUAGAAAGAUCCAGACCCUCCAGGCACCCCCUGACAUGGCCCCCGCCAACGUGACCCUGCGCACAGCAAGUGAGACCAGCCUGUGGCUCCGCUGGAUGCCUCUCCCAGAGAUGGAAUACAACGGGAACCCGGAGUCGGUGGGCUACAAGAUCAAAUACAGCCGGGCAGACGGCCACGGCAAGACGCUGAGCCACGUGGUCCAGGACCGCGUGGAGCGUGAGUACACCAUUGAAGACCUGGAGGAGUGGACCGAGUAUCGCGUCCAGGUCCAGGCCUUCAACGCCAUCGGGAGCGGGCCCUGGAGCCAGACGGUGAUGGGCAGGACCCGGGAGUCAGUUCCGUCCUCUGGCCCCACUAAUGUAUCUGCACUGGCCACCACCUCCAGCAGCAUGCUAGUACGCUGGAACGAGAUCCCGGAGGCCGACCGCAAUGGGCUUGUGCUGGGCUACAAGGUGAUGUAUAAGGAGAAGGACUCAGAUUCCCAGCCCCGGUUCUGGCUGGUGGAAGGGAACUCCUCCCGCAGCGCCCAGCUCACGGGCUUGGGCAAGUACGUGCUCUACGAGGUCCAGGUGCUGGCCUUUACGCGCAUCGGGGACGGCAGCCCCAGCCACCCCCCCAUCCUGGAGCGGACGCUGGAUGAUGUCCCGGGACCACCCAUGGGCAUCCUCUUCCCAGAGGUGAGGACCACAUCCGUGCGACUGAUCUGGCAGCCCCCCGCUGCCCCCAACGGCAUCAUCCUUGCCUACCAGGUCACCCACCGGCUCAACGCCACCACGGCCAACACGGCCACCGUGGAGGUGCUGGCACCCAGCGCCCGCCAGUACACGGCCACCGGCCUCAAGCCAGAGUCCGUCUACCUGUUCCGCAUCACGGCCCAGACCCGCAAGGGCUGGGGAGAGGCCGCCGAGGCCUUGGUGGUGACCACCGAGAAGAGAGACCGCCCCCAGCCCCCCAGCAAGCCGGUGGUGCAGCAGGAGGACGUGAAGGCGCGCAGCGUGCUGCUGUCCUGGGAGCCGGGAAGUGACGGGCUGUCCCCCGUGCGCUACUACACGGUCCAGACCCGCGAGCUGCCCGGCGGCCGGUGGGCACUGCACUCGGCCUCCGUGAGCCACAACGCCUCCGCUUUCGUGGUGGACAGGCUCAAGCCGUUCACAUCCUACAAGUUCCGCGUGAAGGCGACCAAUGACAUUGGGGACAGCGAGUUCAGCGAGGAGUCAGAGCCGCUGACCACUCUGCAGGCCGCGCCCGAUGAAGCACCCACCAUUGUGUCGGUGACGCCCCACACGACCACCUCCGUGCUGAUCCGAUGGCAGCCCCCAGCGGAGGACAAGAUCAACGGCAUCCUCCUGGGCUUCCGGAUCCGGUACCGGGAGCUGCUGUACGAGGGGCUGAGGGGCUUCACGCUGCGUGGCAUCAACAACCCGGGGGCCAAGUGGGCCGAGCUUACCUCCAUGUACGCUGUGCGGAACCUGAGCCGGCCCAGCCUCACGCAGUACGAGCUGGACAAUCUGAACCAACACCGGCGGUAUGAGAUUCGGAUGAGCGUGUACAAUGCCGUGGGGGAGGGGCCCUCGAGCCCCCCCCAGGAAGUCUUCGUCGGGGAAGCCGUGCCCACUGCGGCGCCCCGUAAUGUGGCUGUCCACGGUACCACGGCCACACAGCUGGAUGUGACAUGGGAGCCACCACCGCUGGAGAGCCAGAAUGGAGACAUCCAAGGCUACAAGAUUUAUUUCUGGGAAGCCCAGCGGCGCAACCUCACAGAGCGGGUGAAGACGCUCUUCCUGGCCGAGAACGGCGUGAAGCUGAAGAACCUGACCAGCUACACCACCUACAUGGUCAGCGUGGCCGCCUUCAAUGCCGCGGGGGACGGGCCUCGGAGUCCCCCCACCCGGGGGCAGACGCAGCAAGCAGCUCCCAGUGCUCCCAGCUCGGUCAAGUUCAGUGAGCUGACCACAACCUCGGUGAACGUGUCCUGGGAGACCCCGCAGUUCCCCAACGGUGUCCUGGAGGGUUACCGGCUGGUGUAUGAGCCCUGCACCCCAGUGGACGGUGUCAGCAAGAUCGUGACAGUGGAUGUGAAGGGUAACAGCCCUCUGUGGCUGAAGGUGAAGGACCUGGCCGAGGGGAUGACCUACAGGUUCCGCAUCAGAGCCAAGACCUUCGCCUAUGGGCCGGAGAUCGAGGCCAACGUCACCACUGGCCCGGGAGAAGGUGCCCCCGGACCGCCUGGAGUGCCCAUCAUCGUGCGGUACAGCUCCGCCAUCGCCAUCCACUGGUCCAGCGGAGACCCGGGCAAGGGACCCAUCACCCGCUACGUCAUAGAGGCCAGGCCGUCAGACGAGGGGCUAUGGGACAUCCUCAUCAAAGACAUCCCCAAGGAGGUGACCUCCUACACGUUCAGCAUGGACAUCCUGAAGCCAGGCGUGAGCUACGACUUCCGGGUCAUCGCCGUCAAUGACUACGGCUUUGGGACCCCCAGCAGCCCCUCCCAGUCUGUGCCAGCCCAGAAGGCCAACCCUUUCUACGAGGAGUGGUGGUUCUUGGUGGUCAUUGCCCUCGUGGGCCUCAUCUUCAUCCUCCUCCUGGUCUUCGUGCUCAUUAUCCGAGGCCAGAGCAAGAAGUACGCCAAGAAGACAGACUCUGGGAACAAUGCCAAGGCUGGUGCCCUCGGCCACGGGGAGAUGAUGAGCUUGGAUGAGAGCAGUUUCCCUGCUCUGGAGCUCAACAACCGGAGGCUGUCCGUCAAGAAUUCCUUCUGCCGGAAGAAUGGCCUGUAUACCAGGUCGCCUCCCCGGCCCAGCCCAGGCAGCCUCCACUACUCUGAUGAGGACGUCACCAAGUACAAUGACCUCAUUCCGGCCGAGAGCAGCAGCCUGACCGAGAAACCCUCAGAAAUCUCCGACUCUCAGGGAAGCGACAGCGAGUACGAGGCCGACCAGACCCACCAGAAGGCCCACUCUUUUGUCAACCACUACAUCAGCGACCCCACGUACUACAACUCGUGGAGGCGGCAGCAGAAAGGGAUCUCACGGGCCCAGGCGUACAGCUACACGGAGAGCGACUCGGGCGAGCCGGACCACGGCCCCGGGGCCAACAGCGGCAGCGCCCCGCAGGGCAGCCUCUUCCGGCCCAAGGCCAGUCGGACCCCAACGCCCCAGAACGCCCCAAACCCCCCGAGUCAGCAGAGCACCCUCUACCGCCCCCCCAGCAGCCUCACCCCCGGCUCCCGGGCUCCUAUAGCAGGAUUUUCUUCGUUCGUUUGACAUCGGAAGGGGGCAAAGAAAGAGAAAAAACCGGCACCAAACUCCCCGUCCGCCCCUCCCCGCACUGCCUGCCAGAAAACAAAAACACCAAGAAACCAAGUCAACUUUUCACCUCCUGAGUUUAUUUUUCCAGAGAUUCCAGGGCCAGCAAAACCGGUGUUGAGAAGGAAGAAAAGGAAGCCGUGAGGGGGGGCGCCGUGCGGGGCCGGCGGUGGGUCGGCUCCAGACUGUGGGGUCCGCCGCUCCCUUUGCAGACUGUGUUCCGAGUCGGGGCUGCCGGGCCGGGCCUGAGAGAGGUGGGGCCUGCGAGAAAGCUGAGGCCUGGAGAGUUGUAGGGCAGCAUGCCGAGGGGACGAGAAGCUUCUAGAAGUCCUGACAGCUGCCCCUUCUGCCUGUGCUGGGGCCACUGCUGGCUGCUGGUGUGCAAGGCUGCCAUGCAAGGGUAGGCAUCCCUGGGGGGCAAAGCUCACCUUCUCUAUCGGCACCCGCCCAUCCCUACCCGUGCGUCGCUGGCAGGCCUCGGACGGAAGGACAGAUGGAUGGACAGACGGUCUGGUCCCCUGGCCUGCUCAUCCCACUUUGCUAUCCCCUCCCCGGCUCAACGUCUCCACCAAGCAUUGGGUUUCUUUAGAAAAAGGAAACUAACAGAGGGCUGAGAGUCUGCCUGGCUGGCUCUUUGUUUCUUAUACAUUCUUUUUAUGGUGAAUCCAAGGAAGAGGGGGGCCCCUGGGGCCCCACAGCACCGCUGAACCCAGCCGUGGCUUUACUUGAAUUCACUUUCCCGGGCACAGACCAGGAGAGGUGAACCCGGGGUGGGCAGAGGGACAGGGCACUAGCCAGGCAUCACUGGGGUGAUGAAGACAGGAAAUCAGAACAUAAGAAAGAAGCUUGACUUCUCUCCUUCCCUCCUGAUAGGAAGCUGCUUAGACAAGGAAGUUCAGGGGGCACAGGACUGGGGAGCUCAUCAGGGCAAGGAAUGACGGUCGAGGCAAACACACCCCAUCUCUGGAUAGACCUCUUCCUCGUCAGACACACACACAAGUCCCCCAUGCACUUGCAAGGAAGGUUCAGCCAAGUGGGGGCCUCUCCCCGGCCCCAGGGGUCUAGAGAGCCUCUCCAAGACAAAUCCCUUUGGGUCCUUGCCAGACGGGACACUCACUCCCAGAUGCGUGGUCCCUCUCACUCUCAAGCCAGAGCGAGCCACAUCUAAAACACGUCCCUCCCACACACACACCCCCAACCCGGGCAAACAGGGGUACAGAAGUCCAGAGGGGUGAGCCAAGCCCCUAGUCUAGAAGCCAGAGCGCACCAAAUCUGCUGGGUCAGCCCAGCCCCAGGUUUACAAAGAGUCAGAGACCCAACCCCCAGUCAUGUGUUCGCUGGCCAGGGCUCGGAGCAAGGGGGGGGCCCGUCCGAACUGGACCCGGCUCCGAGAUGUGCGGCCAGGCUGGAGGCGCAGGUCAGAUGGGACCAAGGCCCAGAAUAGUUGAUGGGAAGCAAAGUUUUACACACAAUCUGCUCCAAGGAAUGUGCUUUAAAGAAGCCACUUGUGGUAGCCUGAAGCUUCCCGUCAGCCCCCCCCCACCGACCAUGAAGGGAUUGAGGGUCGAAUUCCCCGAAUGCCCCGGGGUCGGGCCAGCCCCGUGGGUCUGGGUGGACCUUUUCAGUUCAGUGGAGCCCCUUUGUGAGACGGGGCUUUCUGGGGGUGCCACACACAGGCCCCAUCUCCGGGAUGCAGGAACGGUUAGGGGAUGCCUAAGAGAAAAAUUGGGGGAGCAAGCCAAGGAAAGUGAAGGUCUGCAAGGAGCCCCACGGGGGCCCGGCAUCCCUGGUGGGGGGUGGGAGCCAGGCCAGGGGUCUGCAGGAAGGACGCAGCUCCCCAAGCCCUCAGCCCCUUGGGGAUGCCGGCAGAGGUCUCCACAGCCAGACCCAGAAUAGGCUUCUCUGCUAGGGGCUCUGAGGGAGAUGCGCACUGGCCCCGGCCAUGAGGACACGGGCCCCAGCCCUGCCCUGUACACAGCUGGCGUCUCCUUAGCAGCCUGUCUGCCGGAGGCCGCCUGUAUGUAGUCUCCCGCACCCUCCUCCCUUUUCAUCUUUUUUUUUUAACACCCUCAUCCUUUCCUUGUCGGCAGUGUGUGUAGCCGUUUAUGGAAGCUCCCAGCUUGCGUUAGGGAAUGAGUCGAGCCCAGUGGAGGGAGGGCUCUGGGUGGGGGGGGGGUGGCGGGGGAUGCGGGACAUGUGAGGCCGUGUGUGCGUGGGCGCACGUGUGUGUACGGCACGUGAGGCAGGAUUUCCUUUGCCUUUCGUGCCCCUGCACGCCCCCGUGGACACACCCAUGCACACUUGGCACGGUGCCCGUGCACGCCGGGGUUCACACACACACGUGCACACGUAUGCGCAGAACGCGUAUCCGGGUGUGUAUUCGCAGAAAGGCUUCUGGUUCCUUCUGACGGCCAAAGCUGGCUGUCCCCUGUGAGGCCCGGGCAGCCGGGGUCCCUCCCACCGGAAGGCAGCUGGGAUCUGUUGUCUCAGGGGGCAAGGACACUGCACCAGCCGGAAGGUGGGCGGGGCCCAAGGUGAAAGUCCAGCCCUUAGUCAAUAUCCACCCACCCCCCAACCCCUACCCCUGCCCCAACCUCAUCUGGAAGACCAGGUGUCCAGCCAUGGAGCUCUAGAUUUCUUAGAGGACACCUCUGCCCUCGUUUACAUAUCUGCUGGGGCAGUGGGGGCUCCUGGCCCCCCACACGGACUCCUGGCCGCAUUAGAAGGAUGUGCCGGGCACUGCCUGUGGGUAACCAGGAACCUCCCUGGGCCAGUGAUGCCGGGGCCUGUCUGCGUGAUCACCUGAAGCCAGUUCAUAGCAGGACACCUCUGUGUCCUUUGGCUCUUGCUUCAUGGUGCCCCAGGGAAAUCUGGUGUCACACCCAAAGGCCUCUGCUUGGCACCCCAGCACUGCCCAACCCCCCGCGGCCACGCCUUUGGUGUGCACAGCAGCUCGGCACCCAGACUACCAAGACGAACCAAAAAGCGGCUCUGGUCCCAGGGCCCCAGGUAGCUUGCAAACCCAGGCUUCCCUCCCCAUUCCCUCACCUGACACUGCCGUGACUCAGAAGAAACAAGGACACUUCUGGCUGCCCCUCCCAGAGCACCGCUGCCUCGAGGCCUUCUGUCUCUGCCCGCACCUCCCUGGGCAGAGCUUCUAAAGGUGCCAGAGCCUCCCAGAGCCCACUCUGGGCAGGGGCUCCCCUCACCUUCCCAUGGUGCCCAUGGCGUGAGGGGCCGGAGGGCAGGAAGGGGGAACCCUCCCCCCUUCCCCCGAGCAGCAGCCGCCGCCCAAUCCGAGUGCCUCUGUAUGGUCCUGCCCAGUGGCAAACCUGGCCACCCACCCGGCCCGGAGCACAGAUGACCUCUCUUGGGACCACUCCCUUCUCUUUGUUUCCGUAAGAAUAACCAAAAGCAUCCAAACGUGUUACCUUUCUUUACACAUAGAGACUCCAAAAACAAAAACCAACACAAAUCUUUAUUUUUUGAUUUAAAAGAUAUAAUGAAAAAUUAUGGGGAGAGUAUUCAUUGUGGCAGGUGUCUAUCUAUAAGAAAAAAAUAUAUCUAUAUGUCCUAUAGCUUGUUAGCAGGUUUAUUUUUUAAAUGAAAGGUAAGAAAGAAAUUGAUUUGAAAUAUAUACCACGAGAUGUCCCAUGGCCUGUCAAACU